AUGUUAAUCGAGUGGGCGAUAACAGAGCUUCUAAACAAUGAAGAGGUGAUGAUAAAAGUAGUGCAAGAACUAGACCGGAUCGUAGGGCCAAAGAGCCUUAUGGAUGACCAUCAUCUCAAAGAACUUAGCUACCUAAACGCCGUCGUUAAAGAGACUUGUCGGCUGCAUCUAGCGAUGGUAGCUCGCGUUGCAGGUCAACCCUGUACCAUCGGCGGCUACUCAAUUCCGAAAGGAGCUACAGUUCUCAUCAACACUUGGGCCAUUCACCGGGACCCACAGCUCUGGGCCGAUCCACUACAGUUCAGGCCCGAGAGGUUUUUGAACGAGGUUGAAAAUGGGCCCAGGUUUAGUUUUACGGGCAGUAAUUUUCAGUACCUGCCGUUCGGAUCCGGACAUCGGGUUUGCGCCGGGCUGAACCUGGCAGAGAGGCUCAUGAACUACGUGCUGGCGUCGAUGUUGCAUUCGUUUGAGUGGAAGCUGCCGGACGGCGAGGAGAGGCCGGAUUUUUCAGCCAUCCCUCUCCUGCUGUCGACGGGGCUCCUCCUUUCCCGCUUCCUCAGAAGAAAGCAGCGGGCCCCACUGCCUCCCGGUCCGACCGGGCUGCCGCUGGUCGGUUACCUCCCUUUCCUCGGGACCCACCUCCACCGCGAGUUCACCGCUCUCGCCGCCACCUACGGCCCCAUCUACUCGCUCCGGCUGGGCAGGAAGCUUUGCAUGGUGGUCAGCUCCUCCUCCCUGGUCAAAGAGAUCGUCAGGGACCAGGACGCCAUCUUUGCCAACCGCGACCCUCCCAUCUCCGCCGUGGUGCUGACCUACGGCGGCGAUGACGUGGCAUUCUCGAACUACGGCCCACUCUGGAAGAAGCUCCGAAAGGUGUUUGUGAGGGAGAUGUUGGGUGGCGCGAAUCUGGAGGAGUGCUACGGGCUAAGGAAGCAGCAGGUGAGAAGCUCCGUCAAAGAGGUGCACAAGAGAUGUUCCGGCGGGGAAGCGAUGGAUUUCGGCGAAAUGGCGUUCAAAACGACGACGAACGCCAUGCUGAGCAUGUUGUGGGGAGGAGUGGCCGGGGACGACGAGGGCUUCUACGGCGAGUUCAGGGAGCUGGAGUCGGAGAUGUUGGUGUUGAUGGGAACGCCGAACGUGUCGGACUUUAUUCCGGCGCUGGCCAGGUUUGACUUGCAGGGGAUCGAGAAGAAGUCCAAGAAGUUGCUCGACAAGUUCGACGAGAUUCUGAGCUCGGUGAUCGAGGAGCGGUUGAGGGCGGUUGAGAAGAGGGGAGGCAACGGGAGGAAGGAUUUCUUGCAGGUGUUGUUGGAUUUGAAUCGCAACGGUGGCAGCGACGGUGAAAGCUAUGUUACUACCAAUCAAGUCAAAGCUCUGCUUAUGGACAUUUUGGUGGGUGGCACAGACACAACGUCGACCAUGUUGGAGUGGACGAUGGCACAACUGGUCAAACAUCCAGACGCAAUGUCCAAAGUCUACAAAGAACUCAACGAAAUCGUCGGCCAAAACGACAUCGUCGAGGAAUCUCAUCUCCCCAACCUAACCUACCUGGAAGCCGUCAUCAAGGAGACGUUUCGAAUCCACCCAGCACUGCCUCUGCUAGUGCCACGCUGCCCCAGCAGAACGUGCGAGCUGGGCGGCUACACCAUCCCCAAGGGCACGAUCGUCUAUCUCAACGCCUACGCCCUCCACACCGACCCACAACUCUGGGAAGACCCUCUGGAGUUCAAACCGGACAGGUUCCUCAGCGUGGAGGACGACACGAAGUUCGAUUUCCAAGGGAACAACUUCCAGUUCCUUCCGUUCGGAUCUGGAAGGAGGGUGUGUCCUGGCCAGCCUCUGGCGGUCAACACGUUGAAAUACGUGUUGGCUACGUUAUUGCAUUCGUUCGAUUGGAAGUUGCCGGCGGGGACGGAGCUGGAGUUGGAGGACAAGUUUGGGAUUGUGAUCAAGAAGAUGAACCCUUUGGUCCUUGUUCCUACUCCCAGGCUGUUGAAUUUGGAGCUGUACUAG